CUUACGUCAGUGGGUGUUUCGUUCGGCGGCCAUUAUCCUACGUAGAAUUAAUUUUUUUUCGCUAUUUAGUACUAGAAACAAAGAACUUAAGUGCUUUCGAUAAAUUCUACAACUAAAUUGUGUGAAAAACAAUUACUAGUACAACAAUAAAAAAAUGAAUCCAGAAUACGACUAUUUAUUCAAACUACUCCUGAUUGGUGACUCUGGCGUUGGGAAAUCAUGUCUGUUGCUAAGAUUCGCUGAUGAUACGUACACCGAGAGCUACAUCAGUACUAUUGGCGUGGACUUUAAAAUUAGGACUGUAGACUUAAAUGGCAAGACAAUAAAGUUACAAAUAUGGGACACAGCUGGACAGGAGCGGUUUAGAACCAUCACCUCAUCAUACUACAGAGGAGCACAUGGAAUCAUCAUUGUAUAUGAUUGCACAGACCAGGAUUCAUUCAGCAACGUGAAACAGUGGUUAGAGGAGAUUGAUCGUUACGCUUGUGACAAUGUGAACAAACUGCUCGUCGGUAACAAGUGUGACUUGACCACUAAAAAGGUUGUCGACUUUAGUACAGCUAAGCAAUAUGCGGAACAACUGGGCAUUCCGUUCCUCGAGACGUCAGCGAAGAACUCUACGAACGUUGAGCAGGCGUUCAUGACGAUGGCGGCGGAGAUCAAGGCGCGCGUGGGCCCGCCCUCCACCGGCGCCGCGCCCGCCGGCCACGUCAAGAUCGAUCAGGGACAGCCCAUCGACACCGGCAAGUCCUCGUGCUGCUGAAUACUGCCUGCUUACUCACGAGCGUGCGUGCGUGACGCGAGGAUAGAGACAGACGAGGACAGUUCCGGUCACACCCGCGACACUACAACAAUGAAAUUACAACAAAAAAAUAUCGCAACAUUACGAUUAUAAAUAAAUAAAUUUAAACAAUUUUGUGUGACGCCCGCUCGUCCACCGCUAACGUUAUUUAGUUGCUGUCAGGUUAAAAUUUAGAACGAAAAAAAAAAAGAUUAAAAAAAUAUUUACAAAAAAAACGGUGUAGUGUAUGAACGUAUGUUCGUACACGUGUUUAUAUAUAUAAUGAAUAUCUUAGGUUAAUUUUGUGCUGUUUCCGGUAAGAAAUUAUGAUUCGAUAACUGAGCGACGUUAGGAUGUGUGUGCGCAGUGCGAUAGUUGGAAACACAGGUAUAAAGCGGGUUUCAGACUACGAUAUAGUAUACCAGCAUAUAGUAAGCCCAUAAUAUAUAGUACAGUGUGAACGUAUCCAUAACAAUGUAUGGUGCGCGAUAUUGUUGUGCUAUGAGCUAUAUACUAUAUGAUAUUAUAGCGUAGUCUGAAAGCGGCUUAACAUUGUAUAGGAACGGGCCUUGUACCAUAUUCGUAAGGAAUUAGCUAAUGUUCCGGUGGUCGCACACUGGGACUUGGGGCGUCAUACGCUAUGUAUGUAUUAUAGUAUUUGUAACUCCAUGUACAUGUGAUCGAACGAAAACCAACCUAAUUGUAAUAGAUACAAAGUUCGAUUUUGUUUCGAUCGUAUAAGGCGAAUAUUUAAUAGAUUCGUCGAGCUUAGUGGCCCGAUAGGAGUCGUGCCAGACUUGUCUAUGGCUAUCUAUAAUUUAUAUAAAAUGUUUGGAUCGCCGUGAGGGACCAAGCAGAAUUUCAUUGAAUAACGAACAUUUAAUUAAAAAGCAAUAUACCUAAACCUGUGUUUCGACAAUUCUCCGACGGCCAUGUACACGUGUGAUUAUAGAAUCAGUGAUACCACAGUAGCAUUGUGACAGUGUGUGACCAUCAUAAAAAAAAACUUAAGUGAAGAAUUAAAAAAAAAAUCUGUCUUUCUUAUACUGUCCAUUACGCAUAGGCUAAUUAUAGAUUUUUUUUAUCAAUAUUAUUAUAUUCCAGCUUGUGUUAAGUUUUUUAUUUUAUGAUCACUCGAGGUACUAAUAUAAAUAUGCACUGGGUGUUUUAAUAUUUACAUUGUAAUAAUGUUAUGUCGAAGCCUGUAAAUGUUGUGCUAUGUUGAAAAUUUUGUGUUCAUCCGAAUGAUGAUCAUGGAAUUGUAGAUAUAGCUAAACGCCCCUAGAUUUAGACACACACAUAAACACAGUAAAUUUGUAGCAGUUUAAAAGCAAAUAACGCUUCGAUGAACAGUUUAAAAAAAAAGUCUACAAAUCCCUCUUGCUUUAUAAAGUUUAAUGUGAUUUAGUUGCAAAUUGAAUGUAACUCCGAUAUUUAUUUGAGCACCAUUUUGAACUGUUGAUCGAAGGUAAUAUAGUAUUAAUUAAAAGACAUAUUCAAUAUCACGGCUAUGUGAUAGUUAAUUUUUUUUUAUUGCCUACUUGCAAAGCUUUACAUUAUUAAUUGUUGAAUCAGAUUUUUUAAGUUUUGUAAACUGAUUUGAACGUCUGAAUGAAACAACAAUUUGUGAUGUGGGGAUUUUAUUAUUAAUUAUAUAAAUUAUUUUAUUUAACUCCGGUCUAUUUCUGUAAUAAUUCGUUAUUUUUAUACUAUUAUUACAUCAAGGUUAAGUUUACUUAAUGUCGAGUCCGCUGGCCCCUGUAAUUUCUGUAUCGAGGGUUCAUUAGAAAUUAAAACAGUAUGCUAUGAAAA